AUGGAUGCAGUGACCUAUGAUGAUGUUCACAUCAACUACACUCAGGAAGAGUGGGAUUUGCUGAAUCCUUCCCAGAAACGUCUCUACAAAGAUGGGAUGCUUGACACCUACAGGAACCUCACUGACACAGGUUACAGUUGGGAAGACCAUAAUAUUGAAGAACAAUGUCAAAGUUCUAGAAGAUGUAGAAGGUAA